AUGGGUGGUGUGUUGGGAAUAGCUAUAGGGAACGGUUGUUGGAAGAAUGUUGUCGGGGAGUUUUGUGUGGGAAAGAGUGAUUGUUGGGGAAAGGGGAUAUGGUUAUCGGGGAAGGGUGAUUGCCAGGUAAAUGGUUAUCAG